UGAACCCCUGCGGGGGAGCAGGUUCCCCCUCGCGAUCGUGAGGACAGCCAGUCCUGUGAAACGAGGAGGCGGUUCCGGACGCCCAGAAACGCCCAGGGAGAACUGGAGCCGGGGGAAGAGGGGACAUGAGCGGCCAGCUGAGUCCAGCCCCAGGCCGCUAGGGGCGGACCCAGCAGCCCCUCAGCUCUCCUCGGAACCACGGGAAAGGCGGGGUUUCACCGUGCUAGCCAGGCUGGUCUCCAACUCCAGACCUCAAGUGAUCUGCCUGCCUCAGCCUCCAAACGUGCUGGGAUUACAGAAUCUGAGAGAAUGGAGCCGCGUACCUGUAGGACCAGCGAAUCAGAGGAAGACUAUGUUGAGGAAAAGGAAUCUGAGAAUUGUGUUAAAGAGGGAGCUACCAUCCCCUCUAACUCUUCACAGCAGGCCCUCCUAAAAGCUGACUAUAAGGCAUUAAAAAAUGGGGUUCCCUCACCCAUUAUGGCCACAAAAAUUCCGAAGAAAGUCAUAGUCCCAGUUGACACAGGCGACUUAGAAGCUAGGAGGAGGAAGAGAAGGCGGAAACGCAGAUCCCUGGCCAUCAACCUGACCAACUGCAAGUAUGAGAGUGUGCGUCGGGCAGCCCACAUGUGUGGCCUGAAGGAGGUGGGGGAGGAUGAAGAGUGGACUCUGUACUGGACAGACUGCGCUGUCUCGCUGGAACGAGUCAUGGACAUGAAGAGGUUUCAGAAAAUCAACCACUUCCCUGGCAUGACAGAAAUCUGCCGCAAAGAUCUGCUGGCUCGGAACCUCAACCGCAUGUACAAACUCUAUCCCUCUGAGUACAACAUCUUCCCCCGCACCUGGUGCCUCCCCGCAGACUACGGGGACUUCCAGUCCUAUGGUCGUCAGCGAAAAGCCCGCACGUAUAUCUGCAAGCCAGACAGUGGCUGUCAGGGACGUGGCAUCUUCAUUACCCGAAAUCCCCGGGAGAUCAAGCCAGGAGAGCAUAUGAUCUGCCAGCAAUACAUCUCCAAGCCCUUCCUCAUUGAUGGCUUCAAGUUUGAUAUGCGAAUCUACGUCCUGAUCACAUCCUGUGACCCUCUCCGGAUCUUCAUAUAUGAGGAGGGCCUAGCCCGUUUUGCCACCACGCCCUAUGUGGAGCCCAGCCAUAACAACCUGGACAAUGUCUGCAUGCACCUGACCAACUAUGCUAUCAACAAACACAAUGAGAAUUUUGUCCGGGAUGGCGCUGUGGGCAGUAAGAGGAAGCUGUCAACACUCAACAUCUGGCUGCAAGAGCACAGCUACAACCCUGGAGAGCUGUGGGGGGACAUCGAGGACAUCAUCAUCAAAACCAUCAUCUCAGCCCAUUCUGUUCUACGCCACAACUACCGAACCUGUUUUCCCCAGUAUCUGAAUGGAGGUACAUGCGCCUGUUUUGAGAUCCUUGGUUUUGACAUCUUGCUGGACCACAAGUUGAAGCCCUGGCUGCUAGAGGUAAACCACUCUCCAAGCUUCACCACGGACUCACGCCUUGAUCAAGAGGUAAAGGAUGCACUUCUCUGUGAUGCUAUGACCCUUGUCAACCUCCGGGGCUGUGACAAAAGAAAGGUGAUGGAAGAGGAUAAGCGGCGAGUCAAGGAACGGCUCUUCCAGUGCCACCAACAGCCAAGAGAAUCUAGGAAAGAAAAAACUGAGUCAUCCCAUGUGGCAAUGCUGGACCAGGAACGAUAUGAGGAUUCUCACCUGGGAAAAUACCGGCGGAUCUACCCUGGGCCUGACACAGAGAAGUAUGCCCGCUUCUUCAAGCACAAUGGCUCCCUCUUCCAGGAGACUGCUGCUUCCAAGGCCAGAGAGGAGUGUGCCAGGCAGCAACUAGAGGAGAUCCACCUUAAGCAGGAACAGCAGGAGACCUGGGGUACUAAGAGGCGAAAGGCCAAGGACCAGAACCAGGGUGAAUCAGCUGGGGAGAAAAGCCGACCCAGGGCAGGGCUCCAGAGCCUUUCCACCCGCUUGGCUUACAGGAACCGCAACUGGGAGAAAGAGCUGCUGCCGGGACAGCUGGACACCAUGAGGCCUCAAGAAAUUGUGGAAGAGGAGGAGCUGGAGCGGAUGAAGGCCCUGCUACAAAGGGAGACUCUCAUCCGAAGCCUGGGUAUUGUAGAGCAGCUCACCCGUCUGCAGCACCCUGGCCCCCAGGGCCAGAAAAAACUUCAUGAGAGUCAGCCCAAAAACUUCAACUGGACAGGAGAGCCGGCAGCCAUCAACUCCUGUUCAUUGUCAAUGAAGAAAGCUGGGAGGCGCUGUUUUUCCAAUGCCAGAAUCAGGCUCACUAGCCACAAGGUCACGCUCUGUCACCAAGGCUGAAGUACAAUGGCUUGAUCUCACUUCACUGCAACCUCCACUCAUGGGCUCAAGUACUUCUCCUGUCUCAGCCUCCUGAGUAGCUGGGACUAUAGGCACACACCACCAUGCUCAGCUAACUUUUGUAUUUUUUGUUUUUGCCAUGUAGCCCAGGCUGGUCUUGAACUCCUGAUCCACCCAACUCAGCCUCCCAAAGUGCUAGGAUUACAGGUGUGAGCCACCGCACCGGGCCUAUUUAAUCCUUUCUGUACACUAGACCCUGGUGAUAGAAAUGGUAGAAAUACAGUCCUAGCACUCAAGAGGUAAUAGGAACAUGGACAAGAAGACAUACCAUACCAAUUACAAUACAGUUGGGAAAGACAGUGGAGGGAAGCAUGAGAUGCCCUUCCUCUGUGUUGGUAAUUGGGCCACAGUUGGGAAAGAGGUGAGCAAAUCUCUUCUGUGAAUACCAACUCAGGGACAUCCAUGUUUCCACUGCAGAAGGACAAGCCAGCAGAAGGCUAGAAGCCAUAAAUCGAGUCCUGGCAGGAUCAGUGCCACCCACUUUAACCCCAAAGCAGGGCUAUUUUCUGCAACCAGAAAGAGUGGCAUCUGACUCACGGACUGAAUGCACCUUGCCCUCCAUGGUAAACUCUGAACACAGAGCAGCCAAGGUUCCCCUCUGCCCUGCGUCUGCACCCGUGCUGCAGCGUUCCAGAGCACUCCUCAGCAUCAAUCAGUUCAG